AAAGCGAUCAUGGCUUCUUCUUCUAGAAAUCUCUAUGCAGGAAUUGGAGAAGGUCAAUCCACUUCUAGGCCACCACUCUUUGAUGGCACCAACUAUUCCUAUUGGAAGGAACGGAUGAGAAUCUAUAUCCGUUCCACCAACUUCCAAUUAUGGUUGGUCAUCAAAAACGGAGAGGAAAUCCCAAUGAAGAAAGUAGGAGAAACCACGGUUCCAAAAACCGAGGACGAGUUUGAUGCUGAGGACAUCAAGAAGGUUGAAAACUACGCAAAAGCUAUCAACAUGCUUUACUAUGCAGUUAACCCCGAUGACUACCGGAAAAUCUCUUGCUGCACAACUGCCAAGGAGAUGUGGGACAAGCUUGAAGUGACGUACGAAGGUACCGAUCAAGUUCGUGAAGCCAAGAUCGAUUUUCUCACCCAAGAGUACGAAAUGUUCCGAAUGAAAGAAGGUGAGAAAAUCGAUGACAUGUUCAACCGAUUCUCAAAGAUCAUCAACGAUCUUCAUGCUCUCAAAAAGACUUACGCCAACAAGGAUCUCGUGAGGAAAAUCCUGCGGAGUCUCACACCCGAAUGGAGGUCAAAAGCCGAUGCAAUCUAUGAAUCCAUUGGAGUCUCAAAUGUCACCAUCGACGGGCUAAGAGAAGAUAAUACUCGCUUGGCGAGAAAGGCUAUUUGUGAUGAUCUUGUAGACUCACUUGAAAGAAUGCACAUUGAAGACGAUGAGGAAGACACGCUAUUAUACACCAACCCGCAACCACAACCUGAGGAAACACCUCAAGUGAUGGUCGAAAAUGAGGAUCACGCGGACGAAGAAGAACACGAGGAAGCCGAGGAACAAGAGGAAACCGAGCUUCCCAUUGCUUGGAGAACGCACAAGAACCAUCCACUUGAUCAG